GGCGCCGGCGGCGGCCGGGCCUGCUGGCGGGCCUGGGGCCCGGGGGGGAUGCGGGUUUGCCGUGGCCACGGAGAGUCUACGUGGAGGUGGCCAGGGACGGUGCAGUUGCGGCGGCUGGAACUGCGCCAGUCAGGCAGCACAAGACAAAGAGGCUGGCCCACGGGCGCAGACGGCGCCGGAGAAGCGGGCUCGGAGUCUGUGUGGAAAAGCGGGAGCGUCGAGGCUGCGACGGCGGCGGCGUCGGUUUCCGAGAGGCAGAGAGCGAGGAAGCUCCGGGGUUGGCGGGCUAGCCUUGGCGAAGAAAAAGGGGGAGCAGAGAAGGGGAAAGCGUGCUGUGAACGUGCCAGAGCCAGCAGCUGCCGUUGUAGCCGUCGUGUCGUUGUAGCAGCAGUGCCAGAGAGACGGGGCAACCGGCCCGGACGGAGACCGGCUGUCCAUCGUGGCCGGCACCGCUGCGCUGAGCAUUAUCGACUCGGCUUUGCGACGGACACGGGGAAAUGGAGAAACGGGAAAGAGAAAAAACACGGCCGCCGCAAGGCACGUGAGCGGAGCAUCGACGCGUCGGCGGGCGCGGCGGCGGGUCACGUGCGGCGGUUUCCCCGUUUUCCCACUUUUGCAUGAAAUUUCAGCUUCGAGCACCGGAAUCUUCACCUACCCGGUUGUGAUCCACGAUAUCUGGGUGCAGGCCGGGUCCUUGCGUGGUCCGCCACCCGG